AUGUUCGGGCGUCAUCAUGCGAAAUACAUCAGUACAUGCGUCUUUACGAUUCACAACCUUCGUCUACCUGAAAUAAUUCAAGAUGACUUCCAAGUGGAGUGGAAAAGAGCAGAUAAUUCUGGUCUGACAGAGCGUUCAUUGUCUAAUGAUUCAAGAGAUGUAUUUUUUGAGAAACGCUUUAAAUGCCCUGUUACAAUGUAUGUCAACAAAAAGGACAAUUCCGUAAGACCAAAAUUUAUCAACUUCACUGUCAAUCGUUUUAUUCAAGGUACAACUAAAAAAGUCUUCGGCAAGUUUGAAAUUGAUGUUGGCGCCUUCUACAAUGUAGCCCCUGUGAUCAAAGAGUUCCAAGUUGAAAGCCCACACUCUAAAAAAUCAACGAUAUUUUUAUCAAUUACUGUCACACCAGAUAAUGUUCCAAACAAUGGAUUAUCCGAAUCCUCAGACCUUACAUCUGUUUCUGAAGCAAUGAACUUAGCUUCUGAAAAGAUUGACGAUUGGGAUGUUUCUGAAGCGAAGAAUGAAGAAGAACAAGCUAAAAUCAACGAAUUCUUCGAAAUGAGAGUUAAUAGUAAGACUACUCAGUCUCUGGCGAGUUUCCAACACAACCGUCAAUUUAAACGAACAAAUAACAAUGGAUCUCGCAUGGCUAGAGAUAAUUCACACUCAUUGUUUACAGGUAUCCCUGCAUCACCUCCAAAGAACAAAAUACCGAAGAUCCGUCGUAAAAACGAUCUGGAAAAGAAUGCGACAUCUCCAGUAUUCCUUCUUCCUCCUUCAGACAUAGAAAUAAAGAAGGACAACACUGCUGAGGCAAAAGAGAUCUUAAAGUCAGUUCUACAAAAACAAUGGUGCUCAUCUCCACUUUUACCUGAUCAAAUGCCGAAACCAGCUGUUGCUGUUUACGCAGCGCUUAUUAAUUCAUUGAUUUUCGAUGAAGAGUCAGUACAACCAGUAAUAUUUGAUGAAAUUGUUUCUGAUUUUACGAAAAGACUCAAAAUUGCAAUCAUUAUUACACGAGCAACAGAUAUCGAUAAAUUUAUUACGAUGAUUUACCUUUAUUUCCUCAUCAAACGUACAGAAGGAAAAGGUUUGACACGAAGAACAACUUUCAACAAAUUCCUUCUUCCUGUUUGCAGUUUCUUCAUCUCUUGCAUUGUUGACAGACAUCUCGACCCUCUCCUUGACUUAGCAAGGCAAUUAAUUGCAGGAGCAGCAGAUCCAGAAGUUUUAGUUCCAAGUUUCGUAGAAUCAAUCAAACAGAUAAAGACACAAAUAAGUUCUACACCUUUCUUCAACGAAUUCAUCGCAAAAAGAAUAAUUGCAGCGUUAGAUGCACAUAUGGUUGAAAUUCUUGUUUCAUCUCCAUUACGCUGCACAUUUGGAAACUCUCUGCAGCUGAAUACAUUCAUAACAAUGAUGUCUGACAAAGAUAUACAAUUGCCAUUGUUCAAAGAAUCUGUUCUCAUAUUACAGAUGGGUUCUUCAAUAUGUGAUGACCCUACAUUGGCUGAUUCCAUCUGUCCAAAUCUUCCAAAACAGACAAUUGUCAAAAUUUUGUCAAAUCAGCAACCAGAUGACUUCAUGCCGAUGCCAAACGAUGUAAUGAAAUUCGUCACAGCACAUAAUGUAGCAAUGGACGAACAAUCAUCAAUUCAAUACAAUUACAAAGGAGAUUUCUCUGAAAUUGAGAGUAAUUUCAAGACUGACAAUUGGAAGAGUACUCAGUUCGAGAAAGAGCUAAUAGAACAAUAUUCGUUCUUGAAAGCUUAUUUCGAAUAA